AUGAGAGCUGACCUACCGCUAGCAUCGUCCCCAGAUUCGACAGAUCGCACCCAGAUUACUCUAACGGGGCCGUCGGCUCCGACAUCUAUUACAUCCACGGCUGAUGACGAAGUCGACAACUUGGAGGAAAAGCAACCAGCCCCUGUUCAAGAUGCAAGUGAUGGCAAGGAGGAAGUGCAAGAAGUAGCAGGUCAAGCUACAAUGCGUCCUACUAAAGCAGAUUCUUUUCAGCCGGCGCCGGCUGCAACUACGUCUUCAGCUGGUACCGGCGAAAUACCGGAACGUACCAAACGUAUACCGGACGCAAGCCCCCAAGGCACGGAAACGGAUCCAAUUUCGUUUGCGGAUCUGCCCCGAGUUCGAGGUGUCUCGAAGCGGGAGAAGAGAAGGCUAUCCGGGAGGAAGGAGCUCCGUGGGGCGCGCGAAUUGGCUGUGAAGAUAAAUGAUGGAAAGAAAACUCGCAAGACCCGCCUUGAUGAUGUGGCAGCCUACUCGAAGGCGCUUACAGCAUGGAUAAUGCAAAGACAAUGGUGGACUCGCUGGCGCUUGACGACGUCGAAGUCCAAGGCAGUGCAUCGAUCCGCCCCUACAACGUAG